AUGACACUAAUUAUUUUCAUGAUAAUAUCAUUGUCUUUUUCUCUUUGUACAAAUGUGAAAAAAGGGUUUUAUUGUUUGGAUAGAUCAAAAUUUGUUUGGUGUUCAGGUACUAAUCAGAGCAUGGCAAUCACUUGUUUUAAGGAGACUGUAUGUAAGUGUGGAAAAACAAAAUAUAAUCCAUGUGUCUUCAGUUUCCAAGAAUUAGAUGAUUGUGAAGGACUUCCUGGAGAUAUAAUCAAUGAGCCAUCAAAAUUUUAUGAAAAUUAUAAAUAA